CCCAAACAUCUACCUUAUUUCAACAACCGACUCAAGUUGAAACGUCCUGCUCGCACACCCGACGCUUAAAGUCAUUAUACUGGUUACCACAAUCUAAGCAACGGCCAAAAUCAAGAUGUCUGUUGUUGAAACUCAAUUAAAUGAUCUCGCAGUUACCGUGAAGGACGUACCGAAAAGAAUGCGGGUGUUUUCCCUCUGUAUGAGAUCUCUCUAUGCGGAGACAGCGCUGAGCGGAUCGUCAGACACCACCAGGAAGAUCAACAAGAUACGAGACGACACCAGGAAAGAUGCUUUGGUCUAUGUCAAAGGAGUUCUACCAGCAUCUACCAUGCUGGUGAGAAACCUCAAAGACUUCUUUGAGAACUACGAAGCACUUGGUUUUGAGGAUUGGAAAGAAAUUCUCCCUGACAUCUUGGAGGAUGUAAAAGGUUAUCAGCAAUGCUGUGUGGAAAUUGUCGAACUGCACAAGAAGAUAAUGACCCCAUUGAAGGAGAGACAGGAUGAAGCAAAGGUACUCGUUGCCGAACUGAAGAACUUGACGAAGGAAUUAGAGAAAAAAAAAAGAGAACUAGAAGAGUCUGCUCAAACCAAAAGUAUCUGGGCGGCUGCGCUUUUCUUUGUUCCAGUUGUAAAUGUAGUUGCAACACCAUUACUAUGCAAGAGUGCUGAUGAUGAUUUGGUGAAUUCGGUAGCGAAAAAUGCUCAAUGCGUUGUCAAUAAUGCAGCAGUUGUUGUGAUAAGUGAGGCCAUGAUUCCAGCUCUAGCGGAAUUCAUUGGUGGUUUGGAGAGUAUCGCUGGUUUUUUCAAAGUGGUUGAAGAAGAGCUCACUACAUUUCAUAACAGAGGGGAAAUGGCUAUGGAGGAUGCCAAAAAGCAGCACUACUUACUGAUGAAAAAUGAAGCAAAGGAGAUCAGGCAAGGUUGUAGGGAGUUCUUCGCCAUGAUACCUGGAAUAACAACCGACUUUGAAUGCAUUCCACAGUCUGGAAAUGACGAGAAUUACGUCGACAGAUGGUUGAAAAAACAACAGGAGGAGAUCAAAGAGAAGUACACGAAAUGUCUCACUGGGAAGUUAAGGAGAAUGUUGACCUAUUUUUCAACCGCUGAAGGGGAAAAGCUAAUGAUUAAAGGGAAGGAUUAGAAGAACUUCACACAGAACUCGUGAUUAUGGUGUUUGUUUCUGCUUUCUGCUUAAUAAUAACAUUAACUUCAUUUUUGUUAGAGUAAUUAAUGAUUGUGUAUAACCUUUAUUAGGAAUCUAAAUAAUCAUUAUUCUUUCAUCUCAGCCAGUACAUGUAAAGUUUUCACUCCUAGAGACUUUUAUCUGUAUGUAAAAUUAGGGAAUAUACUUUAAGUCAUUAUCUCCGUUCGACGAUUUUUGCUAAGCUUUCAUUUGGUCUUUCUCUGAUCAGGUGAUGCACUGAGACUUCGGCGUGGAAAUAUGAUGAACUGAAAAUAUAAUUUCAAGUUGAUCGGCGUGUUGAUUGUAAAACUAAUUAGGACACAUGUGCAACUUGUGUUAAAUAUUUUGUAGGUAACUGGUACAUUUAUUGUUUGGCUAAAUCUAUGUAAAUUACAAGUAGAUUGUGUUUUUCAGGUAUCUAAUUGUAAAACUUAGUUUUUUCGUCAAAUAUUUUGAAGCCUGUAAAACUGUUUUACUUUAUAGAUGUAAUGCCUCCCUAGGCCCUAUCGCACAUGGGAACCUCUAACUCUUCCAUGCUCUGCAAACCUCAGGCCAGUUGCGUGGCGGUCGGUGCGAUUGCACCGAUGACUGUGCUCCGGUGACAAGUACCUAUUAAGAAAAAUAACCACCCAUCUUAGCCGAUCUUAAAGGGUUAGUAUUGAUAUUAAACUUGCAGUCAGUAAACCAGACGGAUCCCAUUUACUCUUUACGGCCCAUAUAGAUAU